AAAAAUAAAUCGAUCUCGGUCAUCCACUCCAACAAAUGCCGGAAUACCUAAAUCGAAAAAUUCUUAGAUGCAACCUGUUGUAUACGAUAUUGGCAGCUAACACCGUGGAAGGCACUGGACUCGUACAGGGCUCAUAGCCUCAUGGGGAUAAGGGCUUAGGAAGAAGGAAACAUAAGAAACAUAAGCCCUAUCCCUAAACCUAAAAAAUUCCUCGUCCCCACCUUCCGGUCAACGUUCAUGCAUGGCUAUUGGCCAUAGGUGAUCUUAUAAAUCUUAUAUGAUCUACCGAAAGCUGAAGCCUGAAACCCACAAAAAACAAGAAACGAUUCCAUUUCCAUAAACCUUCGUUGUAUGCACUUUUGCAUUCCUUUGUAAUUUCAUAUCCAUCUUCUUUGGCAUUCACAGGAGGCCUUGGCUCUCGUUUGCAUGUGUGUUAAGAAACCAUUCCCGGCUAUCCUGGAUUGUGUUCUGUCCCCCCUGUUCCUUAAAUUGGAGAUUCCUAGUUUUCGAGUUUCGUGAAUUCCAUAUCUUAUUUCCUUUGUUUUCUGCAAGUCCGACCUGAUUCAUAGGAGUUCAAAGCACUAGGUUUCUGAAUAUGUUCGUGUGACAUAUUCUCUCUCUCUGCCUUGGAGACUGUGCCCCUUUCUAACAUAUAUAUAAGAGGACCUUUAGCUGCAAGUGAAGGAGAAAUGGUGCUUUCAAGAUUGGAAGAAAAAAGGAAAAGCCGUUAAUUGUGGAAGUUUUGAUUAGGAAGAAAAGGCAUUUAACUGACCUCCACCACCAAUCACCACAAAGAAGAAAAGCUUUUUGUUUAACUGGAGACAUUUCAAAUUGAGAAAUGGAAGACAGUUAUCAUAGUUUAGCCUCGAAGAUUAGUAAUACAGGUGGUUCUUUGCAUGGGCCAGAGAUGUUACAGGAAGCAGAUGACAUGAAAGUCGCUCCAUAUAUGGCUGGAAUUCCUCAACCACAGACACCGCAGGAGCCUAUGGAAUUCUUGUCAAGGUCAUGGAGUAUCUCUGCUUCAGAAAUCUCGAAGGCUCUUGCUAAAAAACAGAAGCAAUCUAACAUUCCCAAGAGUCCUGACACAGUCCUAGAAUCAAUUCCUUUACCACAACUGCGAGGCAAGGUCAGAAAAUCUGGUACUAAACAGAGUCGGAGAACCGGGUCAAUUGGAAAAUGGUUCAACAAUGAGUUCACUAAUAGCACAGUGAAGAAGAAAGACAAGGAACGGAUGGAAAGGGCGCGAGUGCAUUCUGCGGUCUCCAUUGCAGGAGUUGCUGCAGCCUUGGCUGCUAUUAUGGCAGCAGAAAACACCAGUGGCCCUCCCUCGAAAAUGGCCAUGUCUUUGGCAUUGGCUACAGAAUUGCUGGCAUCACAUUGCAUUGAAAUGGCAGAGUCGGAAGGAGCUGAUCGCAACCGUCUGGCAUCUACCGUCAGAUCAGCCCUUGACAUUCAGAGUCCUGGUGAUCUUAUGACCCUUACAGCAGCAGCUGCAACAGCGUUGCGAGGAGAAGCAGCACUGAAAGCAAGAUUACCGAAAGAGCCGAAAAAGAAUGCGGCCAUUAGUCCCUAUGAUAGGGGAAUGGCAGAAAUUACUUCACCUUCGGCUUUUCAUAGUCAUAUGGAGGAGCAGGAUGGUCCCUGUGAUGGAGAUUUACUGCAACUUAUGGGAAAAGGUAUUCAACAAUGGAAGAGUGUCUCUGUCUACAUUAAAAAAUCUCAGGUCAUGAUUAAACUCAAACGUAAACACGUUGGGGGAGCCUUUGCCAAGAAGAGUAAAAGUGUUGUUUAUGGAGUCUGUGAUGAGAAUUCUGCUUGGCCAUAUAUGAUAGAAAGGGAUAUUCCAGAAGAGGUUUAUUUUGGCCUCAAAACUGGACAGGGUUUAAUGGAAUUCAAGUGCAGGAGUAAGGCCCAUAAGCAGCAAUGGGUUGAUGGGAUCAAAAAUCUUCUUCGUCGAGUCAGCUCUCUUGAUGAAGCCGAGCGCUCUAUCGGACUUUUAAGCGUCAGCAAUAGUAUAUGAUUCUCUUGUGUAUGAAGAACAGAACAUAUUCGUUCAUGCAAUAUACUUCUGUUACUAGUGAGAUAAAAAAAACGCGAAGAACACAGCUCUUUAGACCACAUUAUGUACUACAUCACACAGCACUCGUAUAUACAAGAGGAUCGUAACUGCAUUAAUUUUAUUUCGUACAAGAAUGACAUCCCUGUAAUACUAUUCAUCCACAAAGGUCAAAGGCAUCAAGGAAUGUGAAUUUGGGGGCGAGAUAUGAACAUUUGUACAAAAGUCUAUGAGAGAUUUUGUGUGUUCUCUAAGAAGUUUCUAUUCUGUAUUAGCUAGAAAUCUUUAUUCGUAUUUAAAGAAAAACAUCAAUUUCAGCCA